AUGUCCACCAUUGCCAGUCCCCGCGAACCCUCGACGCCCAUCCGCCGCGUGCCUUCCAGUACCAUCACCCCAACAUCCUCGAACCGGCCGUCUCUUGACGCCGCCCGCUCCACCGUCACCUCCCCCGUCAACAAUGAUCCGCCUUCCACGACGACGACGAUCCCGGUCGCCAAGCGCGCGAACCGCGCCGCCCUCCGCGAGUACUACAACCUACGCAACGCCGCCGCCGCCCCGACGCCGCGCAUCGGCGUCGAACUGCCCGACUCCGAGGUGCCAGUCAGCGACAUGGACAUGCCCGCCUUCAACACAGACGAGUACGUGGCCAAGGUCGUCGCCGAGAGCUCCCUCGAGGACCUGCUGCGCCUCUAUACCCGCGUCGUCGGCGAGGUGCGCGCCCUCGACGCCGAGAAGAAGGCCCUCGUCUACGACAACUACAGCAAGCUCAUAGCCGCCACGGAAACCAUCCGCAAGGUGCGACCCCAUCUCCAUGUCCCCCCUUUUCCCCCUCUGCUUCACCCGCCCCUCUUCCGGGUUGGCCUUUGUACUAACUGUCCAAAACCCCUCCAGAUGCGAUCCAACAUGGACCCCCUCAACCCCAUGGCUUCCACCCUCAACCCGGCCAUUGCCCAGAUAUACAGCCAGGCCGCCGACAUCCGCGAGGCCCUGCGCGCCUCCAUCCCCGCCCCCGACUCCGACGAGGCCAAAGAGCGCGCAACCGCCCGACGCCGCGCGCGCACCCGCGACCUCGCCGUCCACGUUCUCGCCACACCGCCGCGCCUGCGCCAGCUCGUCGCGGAGGGCAGGCUUGACGAAGCCCGGCGGCAGUGGGAGCGCCCGCGGCGCCUCCUCCAGACGUGGCAGGAGCGCGGCCUGGGCGGCGACGAGGUCCGGGCACUCCUGGAGGAGGGUGACGCGGCGGUGGCAGCGGGCAGCGAUGAGCGGGUAUCCAGCGACGGGAGAAUAUCCAAGGACGAGCGGACGUCAAGAGACGGGCGGGUAUCCAACGACCAACGGAUCUCGACAUCAUAA